AUGGCUAUGGCAGCAUCCGCCAAGAACCGGAACGCCCGGUUGCCGCCAGAAGUAAACAGAGUGCUCUUUAUAAGAAACCUGCCGUUUAAUAUAACGUCGGAAGAAAUGUACGAUAUUUUUGGCAAAUACGGGGCUAUACGACAGAUUCGAAUAGGGUGUGAGAAAGAUACUCGAGGCACAGCAUUUGUUGUUUACGAAGAUAUAUUUGACGCAAAAGCUGCCUGUGAUCACCUGAACGGGUUUAAUGUAAUGGGACGGUAUCUGAUUGUAUUAUAUUACCAGCCGAACAAGAUUACAAAGAAGAUGAAUUUACAGAAAAGGGAAGAAGAAUUGAAAGAGCUCAAAAGGUUUUGUAUUAAAUUUGACGGUCCUGUCGAUAUGGUGUAUCCGAUGAUUAAGAUGAUCAAACAUCAAGCAAACAGACCAGCAAUAACACACACGCUUGAACUUUCAGAAAAUCCAUUGAAAGGGCAAUAA